UCGCGUCGACCUGGUGGAAUUGCAACGAGAUUCUCGCGAAAUUGUCAGUGCUUAUAGUAAUAGAAAGUAAUUGAGGUAUAUUUAGCUGCUGUACUUUAAAUCUAUAUUAAACGGGAAAAAGAAGAGGAAGAGUAGUUCGCUGGCAGAGCGACGGUAAUCGUACUACGUCGUUGUUGGGCGUUCCGAUAUAUCUUCAAAGCGUGCGGUACAUACGAUAAGUUCUAGAAGAACCGAGUGCGCAUCGGAAAAUCGAACGGCGUGUUCGAGUAGGCACGGUAACUACCGGGUAGUCAGAAGCGACAGGUUGCCGGCAGAGCAACCUUGUAUUUGUUUUCGCCAAGGAGCCGGCCGCCGCCACGACGUAUCGCCUAACAGCACGGCCGCGUGCUUUCGAGUGUCUGUGCACGACACUCGUGAUUCUGACACCUGCAUUUCUAACACCUGUUAUAUCAACGCACAUCAUGCAUGGGUAUUACCAUGGCAAGAACAACCAGGAACUCGUGCAACAUCUCAAGCUUUUUUUUUUAGGAGGCAGGAUGAUUAAAUCUGAAAGAGUAUUUGAAGCAAUGAGCUCUGUGGAUAGAGGAAAAUAUACUCAUCUCAGUCAUGCUUAUGUAGAUUCUCCACAAGGGAUUGGUUACGGUGUUACCAUUAGUGCUCCUCAUAUGCAUGCAUAUGCCUUAGAAUUACUUGAAGACAAACUUCGUGAUGGCGGUAGAGCACUGGAUGUCGGAUCUGGAUCAGGAUACUUAACAGCGUGUAUGGCUAUUAUGAUGGGACCAAAUGGUUUGGCCAUUGGAAUCGAUCAUAUUCCUGAAUUGCGAGCAAUGGCUGAAGAAAAUAUUCGCCAUGAUCAUCCGGAACUCUUACGUGACGGACGUGUGGAAUUAGUCGUUGGCGAUGGAAGAUUGGGUUAUCCCGAUCGUGGACCGUAUGAUGCCAUACACGUAGGAGCAGCCGCUAAAGAAAUGCCACGUGCGUUAAUAAAUCAAUUAGCACCCGGCGGGCGUUUAAUAUUGCCGAUGGGACCUGAAAACUCUGAUCAAGUUUUGGUACAAGUCGACAAAACCAUGGACGGCCAAAUCAAACGACGAUCUUUGAUGAGUGUGGUCUUCGUGCCGUUGACUGAUAAGGAAAGACAAUAUCGUCGAUCAUGAGAUACGUGUUUGCUGCAAUAAGUCAGCUUAUUGUGUUUACUUGUUUGUUGUGUAUUGUGAUGAGUAUUAUUUUAUUUUUCUGACAUAUGUAAAAGCAGCUCUACUAAUAGUCGUGUAAAAGUAUAUAUUAGAAAAGAGAAAAAAAGAUAAUUACGUAUAUUAAUCUAUACUAUAUAUCUCAAAUAUAUAUAAACUACAUAAACAUAUAUAGAAGUUCCCAUUGAUGAAAAUGGUAAAAGCAAAUUCAAAUUCAGCAUGGAAAUAUUUAGAUAUUGACUUUCUCAUCUUUACGAUACUAUGAUUUUUUGUUUAUUAUAAAGAUAAGAAAGAUUACUGUGUUGUGAUUUUUGCUUGCGAAAAAUCUAACUUUGUAUCUAAAUAUAUACUGCUAUCUUUUUUAAUCGGUUAAAUUUUCUAGUCACUUUUAACUCUAAAGCAUAUCUAUAUGAAUACAAAACUAAAAUAAAUUUAAGAUGAAAUUGCUAUGAUGUAGAUUAUAAUAUUGAUAUUAAAUGUACCGCAUGCCUAAUUUACUGAAGCUUAAGCGGAAUUUUUUUUUAUAGCUAUAAACAAAAGGAGUAGUUAUAUCCAUUUUAAUUUCAUAUAUCAUAUCUAAUAUAUCUUACCUUGAUUGUGUAGUUCAUUAUUUAUCUAGUUUAUAAUAAUCUCGCAUUAGUUUAUAUUAAUCUCCUUCAAAAUCU